GGGGCAGCUGCCAGUGGACAUGGCGGCGGGCCGCAGCAGGGCUGUGUUUGCCGUCUUUGGCGUGCUUAGUGUUUGUGCGGUCAGCGGCUCUGGGCCCGUGGCUGAGGGGGAGACGGGCGGGGAGGCGGAGUGGACGGAGCCUUGGGAUGGUGCGGUUUUCCGGCCGCCCUCAGCGCUGGGCGCGGUGGGGGUGGCGCGCAGUCCGGGGACACCCCGGCCAGGGAGGGAGGAGGCGGUGGACUUGCCGGUGCUGCUGUGGUGGAGCCCAGGGCUAUUUCCCCACUUCCCUGGCGACUCGGAGCGCAUCGAGUGCGCGCGCGGUGCGUGCGUGGCGUCCCGGGACCGACGGGUGCGGGGGCACUCGCGGACGCGCGCGCUGCUCUUCUACGGCACUGACUUUCGCGCGUCGGAGGCGCCCCUGCCGCGCCUGGCACAUCAGAGCUGGGCGCUCCUGCACGAGGAGUCGCCCCUCAACAACUUCGUGCUGAGCCACGGUCCGGGCAUCCGCCUCUUCAAUCUCACUGCCACCUUCAGCCGCCAUUCUGACUACCCGCUGCCGCUGCAGUGGCUGCCCGGGACCGCCUACCUGCGCCGCGCCGCGCCUCCGCUACAGGAGCGCGCGGAGUGGCGCCGUCGCGGCUACGCGCCGCUGCUCUAUCUGCAGUCCCACUGCGACGUGCCUGCGGACCGGGACCGCUACGUGCGCGAGCUGAUGCGUUUCAUCCCGGUGGACUCCUAUGGGAAAUGCCUGCAAAAUCGGGAGCUGCCCACUCCGCGGUUACAGGACACAGCCACAGCUACCACCGAGGAUCCAGAGCUCUUGGCCUUCUUGUCUCGCUAUAAGUUCCACUUGGCCCUCGAAAAUGCCAUCUGUGAUGACUACAUGACAGAAAAACUGUGGCGCCCCAUGCAUCUCGGGGCUGUGCCUGUGUAUCGCGGCUCUCCCUCUGUGAGGGACUGGAUGCCCAACAAUCACUCCAUCAUCCUCAUUGAUGACUUUGAGUCACCUCAGAAGUUGGCAGAAUUUAUUGACUUUCUGGACAAGAAUGAUGAGGAAUACAUGAAAUACUUGGCAUAUAAGCAACCUGGGGGCAUCACCAACCAGUUCCUUCUGGAUAGUCUGAAGCAUCGGGAGUGGGGAGUGAAUGAUCCUUUGCUGCCUAACUACCUCAAUGGUUUUGAGUGUUUCGUCUGUGACCAUGAACUGGCUCGGCUGGAGGCCGAGAAAGCCCACGCAGCCUCUCCUGGGGACAUCCCUGGCCCUGAACCUCACAUUGCCCAGCCCUCACACAUGGACUGCCCGGUGCCCACACCUGGCUUUGGCAGUGUGGAAGAGAUUCCCGAGAAUGACAGCUGGAAGGAGAUGUGGCUGCAAGAUUACUGGCAAGGUCUGGACCAGGGGGAAGCUCUCACUGCCAUGAUCCACAACAAUGAGACAAAGCAGAUGAAAUUUUGGGAUUACCUACAUGAGAUCUUCAUGAAAAGGAACCAAAAUCUCUAAUUACCCUUGCAAGAGCCUUUAACUUGGUAGAGCUAAGGAGAUGGAAGUCCUUAUUCUACUAUGGGACAUGAGGGGCACCUGCUGCACAACCUUAAUGAACACUGUCUUAUCAUGAGUUCAAGGAAUUCCAGUUUCAGCCACUGAUAUUUUAUCUUAAUGAUGUGUAUCCAGUGUCUCAGCUUGUGGUAAUAGGGCCUGUCCUCAAGGAGAGAUGGAAGCCUCCAGUUCUUGGGAUUAGUGGGAAGCAAAAGCCUGAAACACCCACUUGUUUCAAAGUGCUGAUUGAACAGAAUUUUAAAAGAUCUGCAUCUUUUUCUAGCCAUUCCAUCCUCUCAACUGUGAUUGGAACAACUCCUUGGUACUUGUCUAAGAAUGAGGUAAGAUGGGUCAGGUUUAUGGUCUUAAAACUUUGAUGCUAUUCCUUAAAUUCUUCAUUAUUCAGUACCUUUCCUAAUCUCUUUUCCUCAUCUCCCGCUUUAUAAACUGUUAUGUUGGUGGUGAAGCAAAACUCCUGGUGGGUUGUAUACUGGUUCUUGGAGUUGUAUUUUUUGUAUCAUUUACUUGCCUUUGAUGUCAAACUUUUUAUUUUAAAUGGAUUUUUCUUUCCUGGUUGUCCACUGUAUCUGAUGAAGAUGCAGUAGCCUUGCCACCAUCCCCACAUUCAUUCUCCCCUGCAUUAAACCGGCUAUAGGUCUGACAGCUUUUUUUACUGCUGGUUUGCUUUUUUUUUUUUUUUAAGAGCAUAUCUGGAAUUCCUUCUCAUGAACAGAAAGACUCAAUGGCUAAUAUAUGCCCUGUCAAUUUAAUGAAUUGUCCUGCUCUAUUUUAGGUUAGAGAUAGAGACUAAGGCUGGAAAUGAUAACAGAGUAUAUAUAUAUCAUUCAUGUAUAUACAUAUAUACAUGAAUGAUAUUUAAAUGAUUUUGAAAUGUUAAAAUAGACCAGUGCAAAUCAAACUGCAGAUUUUUAUAGGUCUUUGGUCUUUUCCGUCUGCCUAAUGAACUCUCUUUUAUUAUUUUUAUAUGCUACAAUUUUAAGUCUCAUUUUCCCCAAAGAGUCAUGAAGAUUAUGUUGGAAAAAACAGCCCAGCAAUAUAGUUGUAGCAAUUACCUCAUAUUAUGUAGCAUUUUUCACUUUAUGUGGAAUGAAU